AUGAAUCCUUACAUUUUAACCAUUCUCCUAUUUGCAAUAGGUUUAGGCACAACAAUCACCUUUGCAAGCUCUCAUUGGCUCCUGGCUUGAAUAGGAUUAGAAAUUAAUACCCUCGCAAUUCUACCCCUUAUAUGCCAGUCUCACCAUCCUCGGGCCGUUGAAGCCACAAUUAAAUAUUUUCUCACUCAAGCUACCGCUGCUGCCAUACUACUUUUUGCCAGCAUCACCAACGCUUGAAUUACGGGACAAUGAAAUUUAGAAUUCAUAAGCUACUCCCUCCCUACUACUCUGGUCACUGUGGCCUUAGCCCUAAAGAUUGGCUUAGCACCCCUCCACGCUUGGAUACCAGAGGUUCUUCAAGGCCUUGAUUUAACCACAGGUUUAAUCCUCUCAACAUGACAAAAGUUGGCACCUUUCUGCCUUCUUUUACAAAUCAAUCCUUCAAAUACCUCACUUCUCUUAAUUUUAGGCUUAGCCUCAACCCUUGUUGGGGGCUGAGGCGGGCUAAAUCAAAAUCAAUUACGAAAAAUCCUAGCCUAUUCAUCCAUCGCCCACUUAGGCUGAAUAAUUUUAGUAUUACAAUUCUUCCCAUCCCUAACCUUACUAACUCUUUUAAUAUAUUUUGUAAUAACCUUUUCCCUAUUUAUUACAUUUAAAGUUAAUAACUCUACUACUAUUAAUUCCUUAUCAAUAUCAUGAUCAAAAGCCCCUAUUAUCUCUUCAAUAGUACCUUUUAUCUUGUUAUCCUUAGGCGGACUCCCACCUCUAUCAGGAUUUAUACCUAAAUGACUUAUUUUACAAGAGUUAACUAAACAAAGUUUAGCUCCCUUAGCAACCCUAGCUGCACUUUCAGCAUUACUAAGCUUAUAUUUUUAUCUUCGGAUUUCCUAUGCGAUAACCCUAACCAUAUCACCUAAUAUCCUUUCAAACGCCCUCCCGUGACGGCUGCCCUCCAAUCAACAUACCCUCCCCCUAGCAAUUACUACCUCGUUAACAAUUUGUCUCCUCCCUCUUACCCCGGCUAUUAUUACCCUCCUUACCCUCU